GUGCCUGCUGAGAGAGAGAGGGAGAGAGAGAGUAGGGGAGGUAGUGCUCGAGCACCUUCUUGUGCAGCAGAUAUGUGAGUGGCUGACAGCGGGCUCUAUCACGCGCUGCAGGACAUCGACAGGAUGGCGGGAGGACGGCGGGGUCUCGUGGCUCCGCAGAACACGUUCCUGGAGAACAUCGUCCGCCGGUCCAACGAUACGAACUUCGUGCUGGGAAAUGCUCAGAUUGUGGACUGGCCCAUCGUCUACAGCAAUGAUGGAUUCUGCAAACUGUCUGGUUACCAUCGAGCCGAGGUCAUGCAGAAGAGCAGCACCUGCAGCUUCAUGUACGGAGAGCUGACAGACAAGGAAAUGAGUGAGAAGGUUCGACUGACCUUUGAGAACUACGAGAUGAACUCUUUUGAGAUUCUGAUGUACAAGAAGAACAGGAUGCCAGUGUGGUUUUUUGUAAAGAUUGCUCCAAUCAGGAACGAGCAGGACAAAGUCGUCCUGUUUCUCUGCACCUUCAGUGAUAUCACAGCCUUCAAGCAACCAAUAGAAGAUGACUCAUCAAAAGGUUGGGGUAAAUUUGCCCGUUUGACCCGAGCUUUGACGAGCAGUCGUGGAGUUCUUCAGCAGCUCGCUCCAGCUGUUCAAAAAGGAGAGAACGUUCACAAACAUUCACGGCUUGCUGAGGUUCUCCAGCUGGGCUCAGACAUCUUGCCUCAGUACAAACAGGAAACCCCCAAAACACCCCCACACAUCAUUCUGCAUUACUGCCUCUUCAAGACUACCUGGGACUGGGUCAUCCUCAUCCUCACCUUCUACACGGCCAUCAUGGUGCCCUACAACGUCUCCUUUAAGACUAAGCAGAACAACGUCACCUGGCUGGUGGUGGACAGCAUCGUGGACGUCAUCUUCCUGGUGGACAUCGUCCUCAACUUCCACACUACUUUCGUUGGUCCGGCUUGGGAGGUGAUCUCUGACCCGAAACUCAUCCGCAUGAACUACGUGAAGACCUGGUUCGUCAUCGACCUGCUGUCCUGCCUGCCUUAUGAUGUCAUCAAUGCCUUUGAAAAUGUUGAUGAGGGAAUCAGCAGCCUUUUCAGCUCUCUCAAAGUGGUCCGUCUGCUGCGUUUGGGUCGGGUCGCCAGAAAACUGGACCAUUACAUUGAGUAUGGUGCUUCCGUACUGGUUUUACUGGUGUGUGUCUUUGGCCUGGCAGCCCACUGGCUAGCUUGCAUCUGGUACAGCAUCGGCGACUAUGAGGUGAUUGAUGAGGACAGCAACAAAGUGAGGCGGGAAAGCUGGUUGUCCCUGCUUGGAGAGACGGUGGGAACACCGUAUGAAUUCAACGUGUCUGGGUCGGGCCUCUGGGAAGGUGGACCCAGCAAAGACUCGGUCUACAUCACCUCGCUGUACUUCACCAUGACCAGUUUGACCAGCAUUGGCUUUGGAAACAUCGCACCAAACACAGAUGCAGAGAAGAUCUUUGCUGUGGCCAUGAUGAUGAUUGGAUCGCUGCUGUAUGCCACCAUCUUCGGUAACGUCACCACCAUCUUCCAGCAGAUGUACGCCAACACCAACCGCUACCAUGAGAUGCUCAACAGUGUGAGAGACUUCCUCAAACUCUACCAGGUCCCCAAGGGCCUCAGUGAGCGAGUGAUGGACUACAUCGUAUCCACCUGGUCCAUGACCAGGGGCAUCGACACUGACAAGGUGCUGCAGAUUUGUCCCAAGGACAUGCGGGCGGACAUCUGCGUCCAUCUCAACAGGAAGGUGUUUAAGGAACACCCAGCCUUUCGGCUGGCCAGUGAUGGCUGCUUGCGGGCUCUCGCCAUGGAGUUCCAGACCAUCCACAGUGCACCAGGUGACCUGAUCUACCACGCUGGAGAGAGCGUGGACAGCCUCUGCUUUGUCGUGUCAGGAUCUCUGGAGGUCAUCCAGGAUGACGAGGUGGUGGCCAUUUUAGGUAAAGGGGAUGUGUUUGGGGAUGUGUUCUGGAAGGAGAUGACGUUGGCUCAGUCCUGCGCUAAUGUCAGAGCGCUAACCUACUGCGACCUCCACAUCAUCAAACGGGACGCACUGCAGAAAGUUCUGAAGUUUUACUCCAACUUUGCAAACCACUUUGCCAGAAACCUGGUGCUCACCUACAACCUGAGGAAGAGGAUUGUUUUUCGGAAGAUUAGUGAUGUAAAACGUGAAGAGGAAGAAAAGCUGAAGAGGAAGGAUGAAGCUCCUUUAAACCUCCCUCCAGACCAUCCAGUCCGACGACUCUUCCAGCGUUUCCGACAGCAGAAGGAGGCCCGGCUUGCUGCUGAGCGGGUCGGUCAGGGAACAGGCGAUGUGGAGAAGGGUGUUACUCAUGUGGAGCCCAGAGGUCCAAAAAUACUGGCUUCCACUAGUAUUGUCAUGGUGACUGAGAAUACAACCAGACCCACCACCACCUCCACAUUUACAGCUUCUCGUUCAUCAGGAACCUCCAGCAAGGUCAUGAUCCACAAUAUGGUCACCCAAAACGGGAACCUGACAGGCUGCAAAUCUGCAGAGCCUCCAAAAGCUAAAGGCUGGGGACAAUUCAAGGACUCGGUCGUGAAAGCUGAAUCAUGGAGCAGCGUCUCCAAGGCCCAGUCCAUGGAAAUGUUGCCUGAUAGAACCAAGCCUCAUGAUGGAAUGUCCCUCAAGAAAACGGACUCCUGCGAUAGUGGCAUCACAAAGAGUGAUCUCCGCCUAGACAAUGUUGGUGACGCAAAAACCCCACAGGAGAGGAGUCCAGUCCAGUCUGACGAAAAGAGAGUCUUUUGUCCUAUACCAGAGCAAAGCAUGCAAGCCUCUUUCCUCGAGUUUAAACAAGAAUUGAGAGGAGACAUAAGAUCUCUGAACAAUCGCAUGGCAGUAAUGGAAACUCAACUCGGUGAAUUGCUUCGACUUCUUAAAUCUAGAAAGUCAUCUGGCUCUUUUUUUGAGAUCUCUCGGCCGCCCUCCCCCGACUCUGAUAAAGACAGCUUCUCUUAAAUAGGACAUUUUCUAGUCAGUCUGAGAUUGUCAUAGCAGAACUUUACAGCCUCCAGAUAGCAGAAACCAUCUGACAGCUGGUGAUACUUUUUCACAUUUCUUGCACUCUGUUGUUUUAAGUAUUACGAACUGGAAUCAGAACAAAUCUAAUAUGAAGGUAUUUUUCCUCUAAUAGUCAUGACGAUCAUGAUGAUACUUUGCUUUUCAUGAGGGUUUGAGACCCUCAGACCUCCCUAAUACUAUUGGCAAUAACUAAUGGCUUUAAUGUUGUUUAUACAGCACUGUGGCACUGUGAUGAAGGAGAUUUAAAAUGUCAGAUUUUAUCUGAUGACUUUGUUCAUCUGACAGCUGAUCCAAAAAGAUUGUUUAGCUGUUCAGAACCUUCAGCGAAACCUAAACAAAUAAGAGAAAUGAUGAAGGCUUUUACCACUGUGUUAACAUAGUUUCAGGUACAGCUCUGGUAGUAUUGUUUAACAUUUGUAUAACAUUUUAUCACGUUGUCAUAUCAUGCCAGUGAUGAUUUCAUAGAGUUGAUCCAAAGAUUGAGAUUCUGAAAUCAGGAGGUUUCUGAACUCAUUGAUCUUUGUGAAACAGACUAUGAGCUGUUGGUCCUGAGGUCACUGACCAAACCUUACAUCAGAACCAGUGUUAGAGGUAUUGGAAUUUAUUACAGAUGAAUGUCCUCACAUUCGUGCAAACAAAAGAUGUGUAGAAACUUCUAUGAGAAGCCAUUGAUGUUUGAAAUCAGCAGUGUUUUUAUAUACUGAAUGAAUGUGAAAGAUUCAAAUCAAAAUGAAAAUGAGGCCCCGAUGUUUAAAUCUUGCAGAGUUGGACAGUUUAGGGCUCUUUGGAAACUUUCACACAACUGAUUUCAAUCAACCAUCUUGUUACAUUAUUUUUAUAUUCAGUGAUACUUCUGAUCAAUUUGUAGUUACCAUAAAUGCUUCUGAAUUCCAGUGGAAUAUUUGUGUAUCUUAGCUUAAAUAAUAUGUAGAGGCUACAGAGUUUUUCUUAAAUCAGCUCUCAGCAGGUCACAGUAUCUGCAGUUAUGUUAUAGGGUUAGAAGGACCUAACUGGUCGGUGAGCUACUGAGUUGCCUUGUUCUUGAUCACUCGAUGUUCAACAGGUAAACCCUGUCUUUCACCACAAGACAGCCUUGUAUUACAGUUAGUCCUAUCCGGUCAAAGGGUAUCAGUCAGCCCAACAGCCCUGGGCCCCAGCCCCAAGGAAGCCCUAAUGGCAUUCAGAGAGGGACGUUGAGUAUAGUAACAUGUCAAAUAUUUUUUUUUUUUUUUACUUUUACGUGUUUUUUUUAAGCUUGUAUCACCAUAUUUAAAUGUGUGAAAAAAUGCAACUACAAAUCAGAUCAACAUGUCUGCAGGUACCAACAAAAUAAUCAAAUCUCUAAAUACAAGUCAGUUUUACAGGUUUUAAAAUAAUCAAGAAACACGCAGCAAUUAAACAAAUCUGAGUGAAACUGAUCUUCUAAACUGGGUUUUCAGUGCUAAAGGCAUUUUGUUUUUUUUCCUUCGGUAGUGGCUAUGGUGGUCCCAGCUAUCUGUCGUUGUGAUUUUGGGCAAAACACUUAAACCCUCCUUGCCUCCAGUGUCAGCAUUGCUGGUAUAUGAAUGUUUCCGUGGUGGUCAGAGAGGCUGUAGAGCACCUCUUCUGAAUCAAAUCCUAGUUCGCUCAGAAAGUUUGGUUCCUUUAGGGAGCUGUGAAUGAACAGCCAAACUCUGGCUGUAUUCACACUGCAGCUCUUAAUGCAUUAAAUUAAUUACCGAAAUCAGAUUUUUUUUUGGAUAGUCAUUGUCCUUUACAUGCGGCCUUUAUCACACUUAAGUGUGAAUGGUACGUGACCCUAAAGUGACACUCAAAUACUCUGUGUUUACAGAGGUAAAUAUUAAUCAUACACUCUGUCACUCAGUUGUUGUGCAAUCAGAGCCGAGAAAAAUUAUGAUCUAAUAUUUUUCUGUCUAUUGUUUACAUUCUAUUUUACUGUGUACCGCCUCCUCCAGCACAGAUUUGUGAUGUUGGCCUCACUUCAAUGAUGUAAAACUCAAAUACAACAUGACUGUUGAGAUUUGACACAGAUUGGACAUGUAUCUGAUUUCUGACCACAAAUGAAAGUGGCCUGGGUCUGAUUUUAAAAAAUCGGAUUUGUGCUGUUCAGACUGUCAUUGAAAUGUCCGAUAUUAGUCACAAAUGGGCGAACUCUGGUGUGUUUAAAAGCACAAGUCACAGUUUGCUUUAAGUAAUCUAAAUGCAGGAAGUUGUCUAAAACUCGUAGCAGAAACUGAAGUUGGCCUGCAGUGUGAAAGCAAACUCAGUCCAGCUGAAUGUUGGUUUUUAUUUCCAAAGUUCUAAUAACAAAGUAAACUGUAGUUAUUUUUGUGAUGCUUUUCUCUUUGAAUAGCAAUAGUUUUGACCUGUUUCUUCCACCAUGAAUCAGCUGACUGUUCUGAUUCAGUACCUCUCAACAGAUGUCUUUAUGAUAUUCUGGACAUACCAGCAUUUAAAAACUUUCAAACCACAAAAACAUUAAUGGAAUUUCUAUCAAUGGAAAUGCUCUAGAACACAAAGAAGAGUAAAUUCUAUUACAAGUUUUCAAUAUUGAGUGUUAAACCUCAUUUAUGCUCUACAUUAGAUAUUAAAGACGCCUCUGUCCAUUGUUUGCAUCCUACAUGUGCAUAUUUCAGUCUGUUUUCAGAGAGCUGAUAUGUACCAGGAUGCAGCAAAUGGAGCAGUACCACUAGAAACCGCAGGGGCAGUGUUGAGCAGUAUAAGUGAUGUUCGACCAGCUAAAGAAACAAAGAAGCUGCAAUGUAUUUAAUGGCCACACAGACCACCAACAUCUACUGUGCUGCCACUUUUUUGUCUUUUUCAGAGAUUGAACAUCAUCAUGAUGUCCUCCUUGAACCUGAACUGAACUCUGCACUGCCCUCUAGUGGAUGUAUUGCCUAGCAACCAUGCCAACAUAAAGGACACAUUUUUUUUUACAAUGUUUGACAUGCCAUUCCUAUUUACAUACAUAAAGGAGGGCAUCACUCUUCAGUAUCUGGGUGACCAGCACUGGACAAACUGAAGCACUUCCAAUUGCAAACUGGUUUCCAGUAAUUCAUGUUGUAGGGUUGCAUUGGAGCUGCAUUUCCAUCCAGUUAAGACACAUUUUUAUCAGAUGUUUGAAGUGUUAAUCAUGGCUGUAAUCAACAGAUAAGUGGCAGGAAACUACUCUGGUCCUGGUGUUUUACUUUUCAUUCUUUAGACAUUUUACUGGCAUUUUUAAGAAAUAGUUUAAAUGUAGUUUUGGUAAUAUUGACUUCUGGUAAAGGGUGAAAAUCAUUCUGUGAAACUGAGGAAGGCUUUUCAUGCUAAGUAAGGAAAUUUAAAUUUAAAUGGAAAGAAGGUUUUGUUAAUUUCAAAUGUGCAGUUUAGAGAUAUUUAAAAAGAUAAAAGUCCUUAACAUAAUUUCUAAGCUUCUAGCUUGACUGAGCAUCUUCACAGCAAUAUGUUGAAAAGCGCAGCUAGUUUGCAAA